AAGGAGGGGAAACUGUCCUUUUUCACAUUCUUCUGUCUUCCCUCAGCCUGGAAAACAUAUUAAUCCCAGUGCCUUUACACUCGGAAACAAAGGGACUCAGCCAGACUGUGUUGGGAAAGGGUGAUAAGAACGAUCUUGGAACUCCACAGAGGGCAAGAGUGAGAUUCAGAAAUCACUAAGACUUCACUUUAAGGAAAAUUCUUGUGGCGGCAAGGGACUAGCUCACACAGAUCCAGGAGAAACUGCAGACAAAUGGAGACGCGGCCAGUCCCAGGGACAGCAACCUUCACCUCAUCUCGCUGGACCAGAAGUGGAUAACACAAUGAUGUGGAAAAUGGGACCCCAUUUCACCACCAUGCUGUUGGCCAUGUGGCUGAUGUGUGGAUUAGAGUCUCAUUCCCCUGUCUUGGAUACAGACAGCCACACAGGACGGAAAGUACGUUUGGCCUCUCCAAUCAGCGCUAGGUCAGCUCGGUAUCUGAGGCACACCGGGAGGUCUGGUGGAACUGAGAAAUCCACUCAGGAAGAAUCAAAUCUUCAGCCUUCCCAAAGGAGGAAGAGUGUACCGGUAUUGAGAUUAGCUCACCCGACUGCGAAGCCAACUCCCUUAGGUAUCAAUGGAGUACCGGUCAGACCUGAGUUGAGACCAAUAGCUAGGAGCUCUCCCCGUGAGAUGGUCCGGGAUGAGGGGUCCUCUGCCCGGUCGAGAAUGUUGCGGUUCCCUUCUGGGUCCAGUUCUCCCAAUAUCCUGGCCAGCUUUGCAGGGAAGAACAGGGUGUGGGUCAUCUCAGCCCCUCACGCCUCAGAGGGCUACUACCGCCUAAUGAUGAGCCUCCUGAAGGAUGAUGUGUACUGUGAGCUGGCAGAGAGGCACAUCCAACAGAUCGUGCUGUUCCACCAGGCAGGUGAGGAAGGUGGCAAGGUACGGAGGAUCACCAGUGAAGGCCAGAUCCUCGAGCAGCCUCUGGACCCCAGUCUCAUCCCAAAGCUGAUGAGUUUCCUAAAACUGGAGAAGGGCAAGUUUAGCAUGGUGCUGCUAAAGAAGACUCUGCAGGUGGAGGAGCGCUACCCUUACCCUGUCAGGCUGGAGGCCAUGUAUGAGGUCAUUGACCAAGGCCCCAUCCGCAGGAUCGAAAAGAUCAGACAGAAGGGUUUUGUCCAAAAGUGUAAGGCCUCGGGCAUAGAGGGCCAUGUGGUCCAGGAAGGGAACAAUGGCGGCGGAGGAGGGGCGGGAAGCACAGGCCUGGGCAGUGAGAAGAGGAAGGAAGACCCAAGGAGAGCCCAAGUCCACCCCACCAGAGAGCCCCAGAGAAAGCUGGCCACCACCAAGGCAGCUGUUCCCCAACCUCCCCCAACCCCAAGGACCACCACCCUUCCUCCUGCUCCAGUCACAACAGCUACUCGGGCCACAUCCCGGAUGGUGACAAUAGCUGCAAGACCUACAACCACCACUGCCUUUCCAACCACCCAAAGGCCCUGGACAUCCCGGCUGCAUCCCUUCUCAGUCUCUCACAGGCCUCCUGCAACAGCUGAGGUGACCACUGUCAAGGUCACUUCCGUCUCAGAGCAGCUCUACCCUCUAACUCGGAAGGAACAGAGGGAGAAGCCACAGGCCACCAGAAGGCCCAGUAAAGCCACCAACUAUGGGAGUGUCACAGCAGCCCCGCCCACCACCCUCUGGGAAGGCAGCACACGAGCUGUGGGCACAAGUCGUUCCCGCGACAACCGGACAGAUAGACGAGAACAUGGCCAUCAGGAACCAAAUGUGGUGCCAGGUCUUCACAAGCCAGCAAAAGGGAAGCUGCCCAAAAAGAAGGACAAAAUUCUUAGCAAUGAGUAUGAAGCUAAGUACGACCCCAGCCGACCCACCGCCUCUCAAGGGGAGGAGGAGCUGCAGGUGGACAAUGUUCCCUCCCAGAAUGCAAAGGAGUCGAAAAAGCACGAAAAACUCGGGAAACCUGAGAAGGAGAAGAAAAAAAAAGGGAAGGGUGCGAAACCAGACAAGUUACUCAAGAGUGACAAGCAAACGAAGAAAGCCGAGAAAAAGAGCAAACAGGAGAAAGAAAAGAGUAAGAAGAAAAAGGCGGGCAAGACAGAGCAGGAUGGCUACCUUCUGAAGCCCACACCAAAGCAGCUCACUCCGAGUCCCAAGAAGUCAGUGAGCGACCUGCUGGGGUCUUUUGAAGGCAAACGACGACUUCUCCUGAUCACCACUCCCAAGGCUGAGAACAACAUGUAUGUGCAGCAGCGGGAUGAGUAUCUGGAAAGCUUCUGCAAGAUGGCCACCAGGAGGAUCUCUGUGGUCACCAUCUUCGGUCCUGUUAACAACAGCACCUUGAAAAUUGACCACUUCCAGCUAGAUAAUGAGAAACCCAUGCGUGUGGUGGAUGAUGAGGAUCUGGUAGACCAACAUCUCAUUGGUGAGCUAAGGAAAGAGUAUGGAAUGACCUACAAUGACUUCUUCAUGGUGCUGACAGAUGUGGAUCUGAGAGUGAAGCAAUACUAUGAGGUGCCAAUAGCAAUGAAGUCUGUGUUUGACCUGAUCGAUACUUUCCAAUCCCGAGUCAAAGACAUGGAGAAGCAGAAGAAGGAAGGCAUUACCUGCAAGGAGGACAAGAAACAGUCCCUGGAGAAUUUCCUAUCCAGGUUCCGAUGGAGGAGGCGGUUGUUGGUGAUCUCUGCCCCUAAUGAUGAAGACUGGGCCUAUUCACAACAGCUCUCUGCCCUCAGUGGUCAAGCAUGCAAUUUUGGUUUGAGGCACAUAACCCUUCUGAAGCUUUUGGGAGUCGGAGAGGAAGUUGGAGGCGUCCUAGAACUGUUCCCAAUUAAUGGGAGCUCCGCUGUUGAGCGAGAAGAUGUACCAGCCCACUUGGUGAAAGACAUUCGCAACUAUUUCCAAGUGAGCCCAGAGUACUUCUCCAUGCUUCUAGUUGGAAAAGAUGGGAAUGUUAAAUCUUGGUAUCCUUCUCCUAUGUGGUCGAUGGUCAUCGUGUAUGACUUAAUUGAUUCCAUGCAACUUCGGAGACAGGAAAUGGCCAUUCAGCAGUCACUGGGGAUGCGCUGCCCAGAAGAUGAGUAUGCAGGAUACGGUUACCAUAAUUACCACCAAGGCUAUCAGGAUGGCUACCAAGAUGACUACCGUCAUCAUGAAAGUUACCACCAUGGAUACCCCUACUGAACAGAAAUAUGUAAUCCUAUUCCCAUCCAGUUUCCUCUUCAUCUGCUAGAGCUGUGUGUGGCCAGCUACAUGAGGGAAGUCCUCUAUACUCUACAUUGCCUGUCCUUUUCUUUCUGUGUUCUAAGAUUAAAGAAAUAGUCAACUUUCCCUUA